UUAAUUAUAGGUAACCUUCAUAUGUGAAGCAAGGACACGUAGUCUUCUUGAAAAAUGUCUCAUGAAAAGUCCAUGAUCUUAUUCUAUACAUAUAUUUCUUCAUUAUAUUUAUUACAGUUAGAUAAUCGAAUCUACACGUGUCCCGCGAAAAUGUCCAGCAAAUUAGUAAAGCCCUUUUCCACACCACCCCCAAUUCUCUCUUUGUCUUGCACCACAGCUCAGAAACGAAGGCUGGGGAGAAGAAAUAAUCUACUGUGAGAGAGUGUUCCUUUGAGCCCCUUUUCCACAGUUGUGGUGUUGACUUUUUGAAUCUCCGAGGGUUAUCUGAACUAUGCUGCUAAGGAUAUGAAUAACUGAACAAAAGAUCGAAGCUUUUUGUGUUAUUCUUUAAGAAAGACGUACGAUGGAAGAGAUUUCGCCUGCAGUUGACCUUACACUUAUCUUAGCCAACCCCAUGUCUGAAAAUUCCCACAUGGAAAUCACACAGAUCAAACUAAUAACAGAAACAUCAACCUUGCUAAAGACGAAACAGAUAGCAGAAAACGGCCUAUUAGUUCACGACAUUCAAGAAAGUGAAAAGGACGAUUGCGUCCUCUCAGUCGAGGAAGACCCCAUCUUAUUAAGUCGAGUCGAGUUUCUACCCUUGGAUUCUACAACUGUGCCUCUAAUUGCCGUCGAAAUCGAGGGAACUGAAAACGGUCAAAUUCUUGCAAAGGUAAUUAGUGUGGAGGAGAGGAGCAUAAGACGCAAAUUAUCCGGUGAUGUCCUAGCUGUAUUUUCUAAACCAAGCGGGGAAUAUUCCAACGGGCCUGUGGUGAAAGAAUCUGCAGUUUCUUUUCAGUUAUCCACUGAGAAAAAAUCGAGCAAAGGUGCGGUUAAGAAUGUUUUUGAAUUGGACUGUGUGCCUCUUUGGGGUUCGGUUUCGAUCUGUGGACAUAGGUCGGAAAUGGAGGAUGCGGUUAUGGUUGUACCUCAUUUCAUGAAAAUUCCUAUUGAGAUGUUUACGGGUGAUUUUGGGAUUAACGGGAUAAGUCAAACAUUCAGUCAACUGUCUUCGCAUUUUUUCGGGGUUUACGAUGGUCAUGGUGGAUCUCAGGUUGCAAAUUACUGCCGUGAUAGAAUCCAUCUGGAGUUAAUGGAUGAGUUGAAAAAUCGUAAAGAAAAAAUACUGGAGGGGCCCACAAGGGACACUAGGCAGGUCCAAUGGGAGAAGGUCUUCAAUAGUUGCUUUUCAAAAAUCGACGACGAAGUUGGAGGAAAGGCAAAAACGGGGCCCGUUGCACCGGAAACCGUGGGGUCCACAGCUGUGGUUGCAGUUGUUUCUUCGUCACAUAUUGUAGUUGCCAACUGUGGAGAUUCGAGGGCCGUCCUUUAUCGUGGGAAAGAAGCAAUCCCGUUAUCCGUCGAUCAUAAACCAAAUCGAGAGGAUGAAUACGCGAGGAUCGAGGCGGCUGGAGGCAAGGUAAUUCAGUGGAACGGUCAUCGUGUUCUAGGUGUUCUUGCAAUGUCGAGGUCUAUCGGUGAUAGAUACUUAAAGCCUUCGAUAAUACCCGAACCGGAGGUAAUGUUUGUUCCUCGGGCUAGAGAAGACGAGUGCCUAGUUCUAGCAAGUGACGGUUUGUGGGAUGUCAUGACGAAUGAGGAGGCGUGUGACGUGGCGAGAAGACGAAUCCUAAUUUGGCACAAAAAAAAUGGGGCCCACCCGUUAGUGGACAGAGGGCAAGGUGUGGACCCCGCCGCCCAAGCGGCUGCGGAGUACCUCUGCAACCUUGCCCUCCAGGAAGGGAGUCAAGACAAUAUUUCGGUUAUUGUCGUGGAUUUGAAAUCUCGAAGAAAAUUCAAGAGCAAGUCUUGAUGUAACUUCCUUUUUUUUUUUAAUUUUAACAGUGCUUGGUUAUGGUAAUAUAUAGUUUUAUUAUACAAGCAUAAGGUGUUCAAUUGUUUCGCAAAUCCAUCCAAAUUUUCUAAUAGGAGAAUAGUUUUUUCAGUAUGUAAUAUGUAUAGAAAUAUUUUUUGGCUUUGCACAUAUGUUUCAUUAUUCAUAGAAUUGAAUCCCACUAGUAGUAAAUAAUAAAAUCGAUUGUUAUA